ACAUCCCCACACCAUGACACCACCACCACCAGCCUGAACCGUUGAUACAAGGCAGGAUGGAUCCAUGCUUUCAUGUUGUUCUGACCCAACCAUCUGAAUGUGGAAGCAGGAAUGGAGACUUAUCAGACCAGAUAAUGUUUUUCCAUCUUCUAUGGUCCAGUUUUGGUGAGUCUGUGUGAAUUGUAGCCUCAGUUUCCUGUUCUUAGCUGACAGCAGGAGUACCCGCUGUGGUCUUCUGCUGCUGUAGUCCAUCUGCAUAAAAAGAAACCAAAGAGAGGUCCCACUCUGACACAAAACCCAAAAUCCAGAGAAAAACAGAACGACACUGCGGCUGCAGCCCGAACAGAGGGCUGGAGUGACGAGUGAGGGGCAACAGACUGCAGAAGGGGCAAAAGAGACGCCCGCUUGGACUGGAAAAGGGGAACUUCAGAAGGUUUUUUAGUGACAGAGCAGCAGGAACAGGGGAACCGUCAUAACCGUUGUGUUUUGGCUGCUGUGUCUCACAUUUCAUUUUCAGGAGGAGCCACACAGGAGCGAGUCUGAGGAAUCAAAAAGUGAUCUGAAAUGAGUUGAAGUCAACUGAAAUGUUGGGAAACGAGACUUUUGCCUGAAGGCGAUGAGAUGAUGGGCAGCUGAACACAGGAACCUCCUCGCCGCUUCCCCUCCCCCGAGCAGAGAUGGAGCUCCGCCGUCCUGAUGCUCCUCCUGAUCCCAGGGCUCCUCUCUGAGGUGGUGGUCCAGCAGCCCCCCAUCGUCUUUGCCGCCGUGGGGCAGGACGUGCUUCUGCCCUGCGUGCUUCAGCUCUCCGGCCAGAGCCUGAAGACCAACCCUGUGUUCUACUGGACUAGGGGCACCGAGAGCGUGUCGCCGUCCUCCCACGUUCAACAGCCGGGCAGCGAGCGGACGCCCACAAACCAGCCCCUGUUCCUCAGAGGCGUCAGGUGGGCCGACAGCGGGAGCUACCUCUGUAAAGUGUCGGUCCGGACGGAGCAGGGGGGCAGCUUCAGGAGGAACGGGAGCAGAACCAAGCUUCUGCUGUACGACAACUUGCUCUUUGAGCGCUGCCGGCUGGACCAGGCUCUGCUCUGCUGUGAAGGUAAAGUGACGCAGGACGCCGCCUUCUCGCUGUCCAUCUUCCAUGAUGGACAGAGACUCCAAGCAGCCGGCCCUGCAGCCGCAGAUGCAGACGCAGACGCAGCUCAGGCCCAGCCCUUCACAUUGUCCAAGGGCGUCGCUCUGCAGGGGGCCGGGAGGUACGAGUGCCGGCUGCUCCUCGGAGAAGGUCUGAUGACCAAGAGCCUCUUCAUCCUCAACGACACGGAGGCAGGAGGAGGCGGAGCCAACACAACAUCAGCAUCUUCAAACCUCCCCGCUGUGGGCGUGUACCCGGAGCCGUGGCUGCUGUACGGCGUGCUGCUGCUGGUUCCCGUCAUCGUGCUGCUGGGCCUGGUGACCGCCAUGCUGACGUGCAGAAGAGGAGAAGACUGAAGGAGGCCUCCUCUGAGGGACCCCGGCUCCUCAGCAGCUGAACCUGUGGAGCGUGUCGCGGUCUGCUUUACCUCCAAGCAAGCUCACCAACAAACGACAGACAGCCAAACAUAAACAACAAACAGCUUUUGUGUUUAAGCGCCGCCGCCAUCCACGAGAAACGCAGACGCCUCUCCACAAAGACGCAGACCGAAACCGGGAAGGAGGAGCCAACCGCCCUGCUCUCACGCCAACCGACUUCCUGCCGCUCUGAGAGCAGACUUUAAAGCAGACAUGUUGGAUGCUGACCUCUGACCUUCUGCUGGGGUCCAGACCUCUCUGUGUGGGACCGCUGAGGGUCUUCAUCCGCGUGUCGGGUUAUGAAAUGAUCUUCAACCACAAAGAGGCCAAAUCAAGAAACAAGAUGUAAAAAAAAGUCAGAUAGUAAAAUAAUCCAAAAAAUAUGAACACACAAGGAAUCCACACAAGUUUGUGUUCGCUGUCUGAUGCAUUUGUACUUUCAUUUGUUUGUGAGAAAUUAAAAAGUGUAACUGUUUUAUGGGAAUCAAAUAAAUAAACAAAAAACAAAUGAA